AACAUUCUCACUUUUUAAAUACUACAACUUUACAGUUCAAGCCCUUGAAAAAGCAGUACAAAUUGAGAGACGAAAUAAGAAAAGAGAGAAGAACUUUAGCUUGGACUGUUCCUGUUCGCUGGUGAAAGGGCUCAUUAUGCUGAACAUUGAUCGAGAUAGGAGGGCUACAGCAGUUGCUUCCGGUUCAAUGGAUGAAGCUGUCGUCGAAGAAGCACUUGCAGAAGAGCACGAACUCAAACAUCUUGAGGUGUCCAAUUCAGCAGAAGUACAAGCUGACGAUGAAAUACUGGAGUAUCCACAUGAGAUUCCACCACCUGACGAUGGUUUUCUUCAUGUGUGUGCGGCGAUUGAUCCCGAAAUGUCUGACGAACUGAAGGACAACGUUUGGGCACAAGAUGAAACAGUCGCUUAUGUUGCAUGCGCUUUCUAUUGUGUGAUGCUUGAGUUGGAAAAGUUCCAACAGCGACCAUUUUCUUAUUCCAUAUUUUCAAUUUUGAAAAUAUGUGGUGUCAGGUCAUGUGAUUCAUCACCUUCAUCUGUUUGCAGUACUUCAUUGAAUGCCAUCUAUCACGAAAUUAUGUUGAGAAAAGGAGAGCUAGAUGAAAGGAUGUUUCUGCCUGACGACUUCUCUAACAUCUUUGACCCGGCUUUCGACAGCGCAGCUGUUGAGAUGCUUCGACGUGGUUCUACCGACAGCAAAUUUGCUGACGCCGAACUUCUCCUAACUAUGUCUACACAGAAUUGUUUGGAGAAACUCGCCGAAGUGAAACGUUCCCCAGUGCGAAAUGAUGCUAAGAGGUUACAUGUUUUUUCGCACUUUUCCGUGAUUCCUCAUCUUCUCAGCCCACUUUUACAUUCCAGCUACGUGAUUUCUUCCCAACAAUUGCGACCCCUAUGCCCAAUCACCCAAAAUGAUACAAGUGCAACACCCACGCAGCGUCUCAGUGCUAUACUGCCGAGUGACUACAAACUUGAAGGAUCAGCUUUACAACGGUAUUGCUUACAAACUAAGGACAAUCCAUUAUCCGUUAUCGAACUCAGUGCGUAUAUGAUCGGCGAGAGGUUCGUCGAAAAAGUUGCUGCUGAGUGCAACGAUCGGCAAGAUACAUUUGACCCAUCGAUAUCACAGUCUCCAGAUGAACAUCGGAAAGCGAUGACGAUGUUAUUCUACGUCUUGGUGGAACACAUCGUCUUGGGAGAAAGGAGGCAAAAUCCGGACCGAGAUUUUCAGGGGUUGCUACGCAAGGAAGAAUUUCUUUCGGCGGUCUUUUGUUGUGCCAUGGAACUAGUCCUAUUCGUACAAGAGAGCGAACGUGUGUUUCCGUGGUGUUUGGAAGUUUGCGGUCUACCAGCGAUAAGUUUCCAAAAAAUUAUUGAAGUUGUUGUUCGCAAUGAGGCCCAGCUUACUCGAGAAAUGGUUCGGCACUUGAACAAACUUGAAGAACGAGUUCUGGAAGAACUGGCUUGGACACAUGGUAGUCCUUUGUGGACGUCGUUGAGUCGAAAACCAGACAGUGUCCCUUCUUGUGAAGAAGCGUGGGGCAAUCCAAGGAAUCCGGUCAUCGUUUCACCUACGAAGAGAAUGCGCUAUGAAGUGGAUUCAAACAAUACUCAUCAAAAUCAGCUACCACCGUGCAGUGCACAAAUGUCAUUUUUCAGUAAGCUGUAUUACCUUGCAUCUGUCCGUCUUACGGACCUUUGUGAACGGGUCAGAGUAGACGAGCGUGGUCGACGAAUGGUGUGGACUCUUCUGGAGCACAUCCUAAAGGAAGAGCGAUCACUCUUCAUUGAUCGACAUCUGGAUCAGAACUUGCUGUGCAUUGUUUAUGUUGUGUGUAAAGCAAAUAAGGCCGACACCUCGUUUGUAGACAUCAUGUCACACUACCGUAAUCAGCCACAAUCGCGCUCCCACAUCUAUCGCAUGGUUCGGGUUGAUUCGAGCAUCUGUGCAUCAAACGGAACGAGUCGGCGUGAUGAUGGAAAACCAUCGGACUCUUCUGCAGCCAAUUCUAAGCCUCAGAGUCAUUCAGCGGUUGACAAACCCCCAGAGGCGUCAAAUACGCAGGAUAGCUCGGCAUCGGUUGUGGUUCCCCCAACCUCCGAAGCAGAGCCAUCGUCUGGGCACCAUGUUGACCUGAUUGUCUACUACAACAAGGUCUUUUUGCCACGGGUGGAAAAAUUCAUGAGGAUGUUAACAGAAAGUUCGUCACUGGCCAGUCUAACCCCGAUGCCCGUUCGAAGGAUUCCCCGAGGGACACCUUUGAAGAGAAGUCUUUCGGAUAAGGUGACCAUUGUGCCAUACGGUCAAGUGCCGUAUAUCCAUCGAGAUGUGACGAGUGUACGGUACAAGUUAACACAAAGCCCCACUCGCGAUUUUCGUGCUAUAAACCGACUUCUCAACAGAAAUCGCCCCUUGUACAGGAUUGGUGGAGCCCCAGAAAAAACCGCCCCUCACGGCUACCGUAUCGUUUUGUGA